UUUUCUUACAGAUAAUGUACUUCAAAGGAAUUGAAGCUGGGAGGUGUCCAUACUUCCCCCAUGCAGAUAGCGUCAUCUAUGCAGUGUCUACGGCUAUCUGCUUCCAUGCAGCUGUUAUGGAAGUUCAGAAUUUAAGGCCUUCUUAUUGGAAGUUUCUAUUGAGACUAACAAAGGGCAGGUUUAAACUAAUGAACCGGAAAGCCUUGGAUGUUUUUGGUUCUGAAGCCUCCAAAAACUUCAAUAACUUCAUCCCCAAACUGGACCCAAGAUUCACUGUUGUUAAGCCAGAGUUACCAAUUCAGUUCUCCUGA